UUAUUAGAAUGAGCCCCCGAGUGGUUCUCUCCGUCGGUUGGUUCGUUUUCUUGACGGGAGCGGUGGUCUUGCUCCAAUUCACAAGCGAAACGGCUGCACAAUGUACGAUCGAAGUCACCGAGGACGAGAUGCGACCGUUGCUUGGCAAUCCAUCACCCAGCUGGAAGUGUAACGAGCUGUGGAACAACGUGCUGCUGCAGUUCUACUACACCCGGAAGAACCUAACGGCGUGUGAAACGCGCGAAGAGACGGCCACCACGCCAGAACCAUCGUUCGCCUUCUGCCAGCUGAUGCUGGACAAGGCACGGGCCGAUCUGGAGGGCGACCUUCGGAUGCACGAGCGUGAAAUGCAGACGCGCGUGCAGGUAGCGCAACUCGACAUUCGACAUCAACAGAACGAAAAGCAGGCCAUGGAAGGGGAAGUGCGCAAGCUGAACGGGGAAUGGCGUCCGCUUCAUCUCGAGCUGCUGCUGACCAACAUCGGCAUGGGUUAUGUCAGGCAGGCGCUCAAGUACUACCAUCUGUACCUGGAGGGACAUCCACCGGACACGCUGUACCGCACGAUCAUCGAAUGGGUGUACCGAGAUGCCAGGCGCCAGGACCAACGGUUGGACAAUCUGUUUACCUUCGUGCGCCACCUGCCGGCCAAGUCGUCUAAGCUCACCAUGUACCGGCUUAUCAAGCCCGAGAUACUGAAGCGCCAGGACCAGCGGGAGGGUUAUCUGGCGGCCGUGGCCGGCUUGGAUGCGGGCCGUGUCGUGUUUGAAGACGACAACCAAAAUGAGUAUCAUCUCUACACGGACCUGUACGAGCCCGUGGAGAAGCGCUGGAAGAGCCAAGUUCUGGCGGGAAAUUACGACGAAGUGAUUGCCUUUGCCAACUCCCAUCCGAUGCAGUUUGGCGAGGUGGAAACCAGCUUCUCUACCUUCAAGCCGGAGGACUGGAAAAAGCUUAACCUGAACCAGUUCAUAACCUUUCCGAACCAGUUGCCACUAGCGAAGCAGCGGCUGGAGGCGCUGCUGAUGAUUCUACUCCAGCUGAAGGAACGAAACGCGAACAACUUCAAAGACUACCUGAUAAAGCUGGCCAAAGAGGUGGAAAUCUGCGAGCAGCUGGUCAAGAAGAGCAAAGAUAGCGACACCGUUCAGAAGAAGCUGUCGGAGGUUAAGGGCAAGUUUGCGGAGAUCGAUGGCAACAACGACUAUGAGUACUAUCUGAUUGAGUCGAAGAAAGGUCAGAGCAAAUCGGGCUAAACUAAAAUAAGAAAUCGGAAGGACAAAUGAUAGGUUUUAAAUCACCAUUUUAGAAGCUCACAAAGUUAGUAUUCGCACAACACUACGAGGGAAGUUCAUUAAACAUACUGCACGCAGCACAUGUACAAAUAUUAAAAUGUAAUAAAAAAAUGUAACGGGAAUUUAGGUUCAACUUAUCCAAAACCGUUAC